GUGUCACACCGUCCUGUACUCUAAGUGUAGUGUGUUCACUUGGUUGUCUACGGACGCUCUUCUGUCUGGAUAUCAUUUUAUUUUUUUUUAUUUCUUUGGAUUACAUUCAUCUGAUGGUUUUCAAUUGUAACUCGAUGUAUAGAGAUGGGUAAACUGCACUCGAAACAUGCCGCUAUUUGUAAACCGAGGGAGAGUCCAGAAGGCGAUAGUUUUGUGGUGAACGCAUGUUUGGCGAGAAAAGGAAUCGACGACUGGCUCGUGAAGCAGAAAUACUACUGCACGAGCUCUCGCCUCGAGCAACAACAGGACUGUCACCUGAAGAAUAACUGCGGCUUAACGACACGGGACUCCAUGGCUAACUCUUGUGCAGAGGGAAUUAGUGAAGAACAUUAUCGAUUAGAAGUGGCUUUACCCCCGGAGAAGACAGACAGCUGCUGUGUGGAGGAGAAGAUGCAGGAGAGGGACAGCCAAUCUCCCGCAGGGCCACAGAAACAGCUCCAGUUUGAAGAGCUGGAAUGCGCUGUGUCUAUGGAGGAGGAUAACAGGCAGGAGUGGACCUUCACCCUCUAUGAUUUUGACAACAGUGGCAAAGUUACCCGAGAGGACAUCACCAGCCUGCUUCACACCAUCUACGAGGUUGUUGAUGCCUCCGUCAACCAUUCCCCCAGCAGCAGCAAGACGCUCCGGGUCAAGCUCUCCGUGGCUCCUGACUCCAGCCAGCGGUGGAGGAGUUGUGCGCCGGGUGCGACAGACAUGUCCCACUCCAGAGAAAAGAAUGACAAGUGCAUCGACGACCCCAAGAGUGCAGACAAGAAGUCUCGAGCACUCCUAAGGCGCCACCACAGUGACCACCACACCCAGCCUGGCUGCCAGCGCCACUGUGUGGAUGAGAACCUGGAACGCAGGAACCACUACUUGGACCUGGCAGGGAUCGAAAACUACACAUCCCGCUUUGGAGCCGCUCCUGCUGCAGAGCCAGUUAAAGUGGAGACUCAGACCCGCUCAUCUAACCAGGCUCGGUCUCGCUCCCAUGAACCAGAGAACGGCCACUCCCACUCCCACCACCGUCGUUUGCAGACGGUCCUUGACACGGCCACUCCAGACUCCGGCCUCCAUCCUGCCCGCCUCAAAGGCCAAGACUCAGGGCGACACGCCAUCCGUUCUCCGAAGACCCACAGCCGCACGCCUCCAGCGCAGACCGGCGGUCGUGUGAUGAGGAGCCGAGGUGCUCCCCCGCCCCCGGCUCUUCCCACUCAGAUCCCACCCCAUCAGUCCGCAGCGCCCUACCGCAAACACAAACAAAGAAAAGACAGCCACGGCUACCGGGCCUUGGGCUCGCUUGUAUCCCCAGGUCCAGUGGUGGARAAAGAACAGGUGAGAGACCUCCCCAGUGUGGUGCUGUACGAAGGUGGGCUGGCACAAGUGGUGCAGCGGCAUGAGCAUCACCACCAUCAUGAACACCACCACCACUACCACCACUUUUACCAGUCUUGAAUUUCAGUCUUGUCUGGGACGGGAUGGCUCGGCUCUCCUGAAGUCCCACAGAACCUGACCCGGACCAGCAGACACUGACUGCAGGAAACUUCCUGAUCGGACACUGUGCUGCUGGUCAUGCACAGGAACUGUGGCGGACUCAGGACACGGGGUGGAGGAUCCGCUCUGUGCUGAAAUGGUGUGAACCAGUAUUAUCAAAAAGCUGGUYACGCAGCAGAUCAGAGAUUCAGGACCACGGGGCAGCAGGACGGGAUGGAGAGUUCUGACGAGGCUCAACAAGAAGAACGAAGGAACACCUUCAGAUUAACAACCCUUCCCAGACCACUAAAUCAAAUGGUGGGACAAAAGUAGGAAGUUGUGACGUAAAGAUGAAAACAUAUGAAGGAAUAGAAGUGACAAGAGAGCAAUAUGUAUUAAAAAUCUGUGUCCAAACUAUGACUGAGUGAACAUUGCUAAAGUUUGACUGUUUGCAUCCGAGUGUCACAACACUGGUGUCUGUUAAAAAAACCACUUGGAAGUGCAUUCAUGGGUGUGUAAGUAUUUAAAGCAAGCUGUCAAAUGGGUUUGUGAAGCUUAAAAAUGGAAAAAAAAUGUAUAUUCACAAUAGGCAUGGGCCGGUAUGAAAGUCUGACUAAAUGAUAGCCUUAGACAAAAAUAUCAUGGUUUUGCGGGAUCACAGUAUUAUGAUUACAGUUCUAAAAGGUGUUAUUUUGAAAUUGGUAUUUAAAAACAAAAAAAGAAAAGAACAUUUCUAUUGUCAUAGUCAACUUUAAUUAUCUUUAUAAGCUGUUUUUAAAUCACGUGUAAUGCUGAAAUUUCAUUCCUCUAACAUGUGUUCAUACUUACCUAACACAAUGAAGCUAUAAUAAUAAAAUUUACAUCUAAUAAGAUAACUACUUUUUACUGCUUUUAAAAGAUGAGAGAAAUCAGGUAUACUGAGCAGCAAGUCGUUGUUUAUUGAGUUAAUGCAUCAUAUUUAUUGUGUUUUCGAUUUGGAAGGGGUGUUUGAUAUAAAGAAGAUAACAAAUCAUUAAACAACAGAAGUUACAGUAUAAGUAUCAGGCUGUAUAAAUUGUGUGUUCAGCUAAAGAGCUGCUCAGCUUAAGCUUUAUUCUUUUAAACAGAAAAAUUUUUGGGAAACUCAACCUGCAGAGCUGGCAGCUAAUGCAGGGGUGUGUGGGAGGGAGGGGUCUUUACUCUGCAGUUGAACACAACCUGAGGGAUUUCACUUCCACUUUCUUACGAGACAUAAAAAAAAGCUUAUACCGCAAGAACGGCGUGACAGAAAAUUUUAGCAGUUUCGACAAAGUGACUUUUUUUACAUUGGGGAAAUGUGAAACCGGUAUCCGGCCCAUGCCUAGUCCACAAUACCAUUAAGGCAGAAGCAGACAGGAAAAUGUCUAAAUGUUGUGAGAAAUCCCAAAUCCGCUGCUACCUCUUAACUUCAUUCUAAUCGUUGGGACUUGCAUCAAGCGUUCAGAGGUUAUUUUUAAAAUCACUUUGAAACAUUGUGGAAAGUAGAAAUCAUGUCAGUCUUCAGCUCUGAAAUGUGGAAAAUCUACUUGCUUUUCUUAACAUUUGCUGUACAUAAGGUAUUUAUAUUGUUAUCAAUUUUAUAAGCUUUAUUGAUAACGUGAUAUUCAUGCAUUUGCUAUAAAAAGUUUCCUCACAGCUGCAUAUUUUUAUGACCACUAGUAGCAUCAGCAGAACGUGUAUGACUCCGUCUGUUUCAACUUCUCACUUCUACCAACUCUGUAGUGCUGUUCUGUAGUUCUACUUGCAUUCAUAAAUCCAUCAGACAAAGCUGUUCUUCUGAUUUUAGGGAAACUGAGCCUGAAGAUGCUCAGAUCUUCAUGUCAGGAUUUGAUAAACUUGCAUAAAAUUAAACUUUCUUAGUGUACAACUA